UAGGAAAUAUGUUUAUCCGGGCACGCCUCUAUUGACAAGCCAAGGCCUGGAGACCUCACCGAUCCUUAUCAACCGAUAAAUACUACUCCUUUAGUCGUCAUUAUCGUCGGUUUCCCUAUUCCAGUACUGCAGGUCGAACAUUCCGUUAGGUCGCCACAUUUUUGGCAGGACAGCGCAUUCCUGUUGGGUCUCUCAUACGACCCCGCAUCGCCAUGCCUCCCUUACUAACUAAUCGGCAAGCCGAGGAGCUGCACAAGUCAAUGAUAGCAUACCUCGUGGCGAGCGACCUACCAGACACCGCGGCCGCACUCCGGAGAGAAGUGAACCUCAGCGAAGAUGCGUUUGAUCCAACUACAGCGAAAAGGUACGAAGGGAUGCUGGAGAAAAAAUGGACAAGCAUUGCCCGCUUGCAGAAAAAGAUAAUGGAUCUUGAGUCGAGAAAUGCGGCGCUUCAAUCCGAACUCGAUAACUCCACACCCGCCUCCCGUUUAAAGCGCAACCAAGAUCCAGCCUCUUGGCUUCCGAGUACGGUUCGCUAUUCACUAGAAUCACAUCGAGAUAAAGUAAAUUGUGUUGCCUUCCACCCGACAUUUUCCUCCAUUGCCUCCGGCUCCGACGAUUGCACGAUAAAGAUAUGGGACUGGGAGCUCGGGGAGCUUGAACUGACGCUUAAGGGCCAUACAAGAGCAGUCCGGGAUGUUGAUUACGGCGGGCCGCGGGAUAAUGUCCUUCUGGCUUCCUGCAGCUCUGACCUAUCUAUUAAGUUAUGGAAACCGACAGACAAUUAUAAGAAUAUCCGGACCCUGCAAGGCCACGAUCACAUCGUCAGCGCGGUUCGUUUUAUACCAUCUAGAAAUCUGCUGGUGAGCGCAAGCAGAGACAACGAUAUGAGAAUCUGGGAUGUCACAACCGGAUAUUGUGUGAAGACAAUAAACGGUCAUACUGACUGGGUGCGGGAUGUUAGCAUCUCGUUUGACGGGAGGUUUCUUUUCUCCACGGGACAAGACAUGACCGCCCGUUUAUGGGAUAUCUCUACUGUAUCGAAUAUAGAACAUAAACGAACGAUGCUUGGUCACGAGAAUUUCAUUGAAUGCUGCGCUUUUGCCCCGCCUACGUCAUACCAGUUCCUUGCACCCUUGGCCGGACUAGGGAAACGCCCUUCUUCUACAAACGGAGCUGAUUUCAUGGCGACCGGGUCACGAGACAACACUAUUAAGAUAUGGGACAGCCGCGGGAUGUGUCUUAUGACGUUAGUGGGCCAUGAUAGCUGGGUUCAGGCGCUGGUGUUCCACCCGGCAGGGAAAUACCUCCUUUCAGUAUCGGACGACAAGACCUUAAGAUGCUGGGACUUGAACCAACAAGGAAAGUGCGUCAAGACGCUCGACGCCCACGAAAGCUUCGUCACCUCCCUGCGAUGGGCUCCAGGAGUUGCCAAGAAUGUACCCGGCGGAGACGGCGCAGCGGAGGGAGAAGGAAAUGAUAAGAAUGGGGCUGGUAGUGAAAACCCUGCCAAUGUCCAGAUGCGCUGCGUGAUCGCAACAGGGGGCUGGGAUCAGAAAUUAAAGAUCUUUGCGGGCUGAGGUCGCGAAAGAAAUAAUCAUCGGGGAAGGAUAGGAACGGUGCUUUGUAUGGGGCUCCCUAUAACCCAUUCAAAAAUGGUCAUAGAGCCAAGCUACACCCCUACAGAGAUGUAACCACGAUUCUUCUCUGCCACACAUCCCCUCCCUGUGUGUCUCUUGAGCCGAUUACC